AUGAAGGAAGUGGCUGACUCUCCGGUCAUGAGCAAAUCCAAGCGCCAAAAGGAAGAGGAGCGUUUACGUAGUCUCGAGGGCAAACUUAGGGAUGAGGAAAAGCGUCAAGCCGAACAUGUUGCGCGAAUACGAGCCUGGCUGCAGAGUGUUAAGGAUGACCUGUUUGAAGCUGGACGUGGACAACAAACUAGUGCUUUCAUUCAAACGUGCAUCUUGCCUCGUGUUCUCUUCUCCGAGUCAGAUGCAAUCUACUCUGCAAAGCUCAUAAUCAUUUUACAUCAACAACGAAUCACUUUGUUUCAGUCAUUAGUGUUUAUCGACAAGUUGUUUAUCGAUGUGCUGCCUUUGAUAUGCGCACUAACAGAAAAUGAAGCCAAUGCUAUGGGCACAUUCUUGCAAAUUCUGCUCAGCCAUGCCCAACGGUGGCAUUCAGAUAGCGGGAUAUUUGAGAAGGAAUGUGAAGGAUUUCCCGGAUUGGUUUCAAAAACACGACAAGAUAAAACUACAGAAAGUGUCAAUUAUGAAAGUUUUCGACGGUUAUGCUUUAAGUGGCAGAUGCGACUGCACACUGCCUUCAACUCAGUGCUGUCAGUGGAAAACAAUGAAUAUGUGCAAGUGAGGAACUGUUUGGUAGUCAUGACGAAGGUAGGUUAA